AUGGAGAGAGGAGGAGGGAGUGGCAUCGGGGGCAUGCCGGGCGCUCCCCAGAACAUCCUGGACGCCGGAGCUCAGGAAUACUACCCCGCCAUCGCCGCCGCCUACCCGUUCCCGCCGCUUCAGCACCAGCAGCUCUACUGCCCUCCGGUGACCUACCCGGUCAUGCCACCACCUGUUCCGAUGCAGAUGCCCAUGCCUAUGGCCAUGCCCGUGCCUAUGCCCAUGCCGCCGCCGCAGACUGUCGCGAUUUCGCAGCAAUUCGGGAUCCCCAUGCCGGCGGCUGCCGCCACGGCGUCGGUCGACGGACCGCCGAGCCGCGCCGUCGUCCUCAGCCUGCUGCCGCCGCACACGCCGGAGGCCGAGGUGGCGCGCGCGAUGGCGCCCUUCGGCGACGUGCGCGCCGUGGACUCGCUGGCCCUGGCGUCCGAGGGCGUGGCCACCGUGCACUUCUUCGACCUCCGCGCAGCCGAGCGCGCCGUCGCCGCCGUGCGCGAGCAGCACAUGCGGAGGCAGUGCCUCCUCAGCCAGCACUACGCCGCCAUGGGCGCCUGGCCUCCCCAGCAGCCGCCACCGCCGCCCAUGGACUGGCCCCAAGACGACGGCCUCGGCCUCGGCCUCGUCCUUGGCCAGGCCGUCUGGGCCAACUUCGCCGCCGGCUGCUCCCUGCCGGACGGCGGCCCCAACGGCGGCUCCCUCAUCGUGCUCAAUUGCCUCCCGGACGUCUCCCUUUCCGAGCUCCGCCAGGCCUUCCAAGCUUACGGUGACUUGAAGGAUGUGAGGGAGCCGGCGCAUCGGUCCAGCCACAAGUUCUUGGACUUCUUCGACUCGCGCGACGCCGCGCGCGCGCUCGCUGAGCUCAACGGCCGGGACUUCUUCGGCCACCGGCUCCUCCUCGAGUACACGCGCCCAUCCAUCCCCGGUGUCCGCAGGCGCGCGCACGUGCCGCAGCGGCCCUUGGCCCCGACGCCGCCGAGGCUACAAUCAACGUGGCGUCCCUUGCCGGCUCCGGCUAAACCGCCCCCGCCGGCGCCGCCGUCGUCCGGCGCAGGCAAAGCGAGGGAAGGGGUGGUGCUGCUGAGGAGGAGCUCCCCUAAGUCCAGCGCCAGUGAUCAGUCCAAGGCUGGCAACAAUGCCGGCACGAGCCAAGAACGGAAGGGCAAACGAGGAAAGAACAUCACCAUCGUCGUGAACGCAACGUCGGCUUCUCCUGCUUCGCCUUCCGAGUCGCCGUCGCCGGCGUCGGCGUCGGCGUCCGGCAAGCAGCCGUGCACGAAAGCAGUCGGCCGCUCGGGCAGCUGGAGAGGCCCGAAGGGCUGGAGACACGGCUGGGAGACGCGGUACGAGUUCAAGCAGCCCGACGCCGACAACAACGCCGCCACUGCCGGAGCAGCCACCGACAGCAACACGCAAGAACCGGAGACGCGGACCACCGUGAUGAUCAGGAACAUACCGAACAAGUACAGCCAGAAGCUGCUGCUGAACAUGCUGGACAACCACUGCAUCGAAUACAACAAGAAGAUCGAGGCCGGCGGAGGCGAAGGCGAGUUUGAGGGCCAGCCUUUCUCCUCCUACGAUUUCCUCUACCUCCCCAUAGAUUUCAGCAACAAGUGCAAUGUGGGGUACGGGUUCGUGAACUUGACCUCGCCGGAGGCAGCCGUGCGGCUGUACAAGGCGUUCCACAAGCAGCCAUGGGAGGUGUACAACUCGCGCAAGAUCUGCCAAGUUACAUAUGCACGCUUGCAGGGCCUGGAGGCGCUCAAGGAGCACUUCAAGAACUCCAAGUUCCCCUGCGACAACGACGAGUACCUGCCCGUGGUCUUCUCGCCGCCGCGCGACGGCCGGCAGCUCACCGAGCCGGAGCUCCUCGUCCCCCGCACGCUGGUCUCGUCGUCGUCCUCGUCGCUGCCUGCCAACGUAGAUCCACUGGCGCUAGAGCUCAUGGCGCCACCCUCAUCUUCCGGCGACGGCGCGUCCUCCACAAUGUCCACCCACGCCGACGAGGACGUCCGCGGCGACGGCAGCAACGAUGACGACGACGACGGGCUCGGCGAGGAGCUACAGCGCCUAGGCUACACCGACUAG